CCUAUGGCAACGCAUGUAAAUAACUCCCUCUGGAUACCCGCCGCGCUCCUGCAAAAACCAGACACUUUACCAGUUAAGGGCAACAAGACCGUGGCGGCGCCUCAUGGCCUAGUGCAGGUGGUGCAAGAACCAUGCUGGAGGAAGUUCGUGGGUCAACAGGGGCGGCGUCUUCCCCCUCGCCGCCCUCUCCCGCCCACGCCGUCAGUCCUAGAGCCAUCAAGAGCGGCAUCAGCCAAGCGUGGGCGGCCAAAGGCAACAACAGGCGUGACAUGGGCGGCGGGGUGAGCUUGGGGGUAGCGGCAGGGACCACAGUCAGCAUGGCACAUGUCCUUGACUUCCUUCUGACGGCCGCCCAGCUGCACCGCGUCGCCGCCGCCACCACGCAGAAGGUCCGCUCUGGAGGGCGAUUCCGAGGCUCCGGGGGACAGGACAGAGUGGCAGCCUCAGCCAACCCAGCCUCCACCACCGCCACCCUGCCCCCCGCCACGCAGACCUGGGCACGCCUGCUCAACAACCCCGCGGCCUCCAUGCAGGAACAAACCCUGGCGCUGCUGCAGGUGGCACUACAGGAUGGCCUUUUAGACUCCAUUCUGCCUUAUAUGGUGUCCUCCCUUAACCUGGGCGGCGCCACCACCCUCACGCCCACACCCACCGCCGCCAAGACCCCCGCUAAAGGCAACUCCCUCACCCCCGCCUCAACAAACUCGUGCAAGUCGCCAAGAGGGGAGGGAAGCGCCAGAUAUUCCCCGACGCACUCCUCCAACACUCUCGCCGUGCCUGUCCCGAAGGAGGAGCCCCGCCCACCUCCGCCUCCUGCUGCCACUCCGUCAAUAUACAGAAGCACUCCAGACAGAAGCCCCGCCAUAGUGAUCCACGUUUGUGACGAGGCGCGUGGAUUGCGUCAGGACUUCAGCUGUCCCCGUGACCUCCUGAUUCACCACAUAGGAUACUUCGCUGAUGUCACGGCUGGUCAGCGGCUGGAGGACGUGGACAUCUCGGUGCACUGCGACGUGACUAUCUUCGAGUGGCUGCUGCGCUGGGUCAAGCAGGGCCAGACAGAGGACCACGUCGCCCCUGUCCUAGAGCCCAAGACUGCCGUGUCCAUCCUCAUCUCGGCAGAGUUUCUAAAGAUGACGCCGCUGGUGGAGGAGGUUCUUCAGUACGUCCAUGACAACAUCAACCUUAUCUUGGAGGCUCAAGUCAACCUCACCUGUCUCUCCGAUGCCGUUCUGUCCAGGCUGGCCCGUCUCUUCACUCACUGGGAGCUGGAGGGGGUGAGGGAUCGCAGGGACAGGAUUCUCAACAAGCUGUAUGCGAGAUUCCUGCAGGCGCUUUGUGACGUGAGCCCCUCGCCCUCCAGGGGAAUAUUCAAGACCGCAGGGACGCUCUACAGGUGUUGUGACUGCGGGCAGCUUGUGACGCGAGAGGUGGAGCGCCUUGUCACCUGUGUAGCAUCUAACACCAUCGUCACCGCCACUGGCCAGGUGUACUACUCCCACACCAGGGAUGGAAACUGGAGCCUGACUGACCACGUGAAGCAACUCAAACUGGACCUGAAGACGUGGAGGCUCGUGUACUGGAGGCUCUGGGGACAGGUACACUUCCUGCCCUGCUCCACCUGCGGCGCCGUCUUCCCGGGGUAUGAGAUGCGCAUGUGUCGCACUCACCCACUGGACGCCUCCUCUUGCGACAUGGAUCAGAUUUUAGCCAGUGAUACACACCCCUGCUGCGGCGCCCGGGCACUACGCUUCUCCCCUCUCCCAGUCAGGAAUGGUUGCCAGGUGACUGAGCACACUGUCCAGCUGAGUCAUGGCGGGGAUGAAGACGUGUGGGGCCCCAUCCCUCACAUAUACGACGACCUCCUCACCUUCCAACAGCUUGCGUGCCUGGAGCCCCCCCCGCAGGUGUCCAAGGAGGCCGAGGACGUGUUGUGGACCGGAGUGCCACUGGUGCCGUUCAACAGGGCCGAACGCAGCCUACUGGACCGCUCCUGGCUGUCGCAUUACCUGCAUGCAGGUGAACGGGAGGGUCAGCCAGCAGGGAAGGCGCCGGUGGGAGAGAGCAACACCGUAGUCCCGAGCCAGGGUGUGGUGGUGAGCAGCGUCGGGGUGAGCAGCGAGAGUUCAUCGGACGAAGAGGAAGGAGGCAGCCGUGCGCGCAUCAGUAUGCGACUCAAAGCCAAUCUAAUCCGUCGGGCGAACCGAGCACGACGCACCGUGGCCUGCGAAGUGAUGGUGGAGCAGAGCCUACGCUGGGAUGCAGGCAGGUCAACGCGACACAACCAGGACGCCCAGAGGGAGCGUGAAAGUCGUGUUCUGAGAGACUUAACGUCAUGGCUAACCUUAGCUGCCCCCAAUACGCACGACGCGGCCCACGGCACGCAAAAGGGCCACCGCGGCCGCCCAGACCGCCGCAAGGAGUGCUCCAGCGGCCCCGACCCCGGAUGUUACUACAGGCUGGAGGCAGAGUUUCGGGAGCGCCAUGGCGGCCACUCCCAUGGGCAAGGCGGUGGUGGAGGCGGCACCUUCAGGGCAAAGGUGCAAGCCAUAUCCAGAAUCAAGUUGAGGCUGAGGCAUCGCGCCGCCUUCUCCGCCUCCCGCUAGCACCGCGGCCACAGCCCGCACCACAACGGGCUGUGGCGGGGAAACUCUGAACAUGAAGCUUGUCCUCGCAGCCUCAGCUCUUCGCGACAAACUUGUUUUCCGCACCUGUACUCGUGUCUCUUGCUUGGGUGGCGCGCCGCCAGACCUGCCACGCCAUCCCAGUCAUCCUUCCUUCCUCCCUUGCCGCCUAUUGCACCGCGUGGCAGGGCACCUGAAAGUUCCUGGGUAAGGACAGCACAGGACAGAAAGAGUGGAUCCUCUACUUAGGAGGCGGUGGUGGCGGUGGUUCUGGAUGUGUCACUGGAUGGAGGGAGGAGGGAAAGGCGUGAUAAGCAACAACAUUCAUUAUCUUUCUUGCACUUAGUUUCCCGCACACACUGACCGCUUUCAGUAUUCACCCAUUGUCUUGUAGCAGUACUCGCCAGUACUCAUCAUCUCGCCUUAGCAAGAAAGCCUCAUACGGUUAAACUGUAAUUACGUCGAAUACUGUACAUAGUGACCUGCUUGUAUAUAGGCAUUACAGAUAAUCACAUUGACACAGGACAUCCCUUCUCGUAGCAUUGACAUCUAGACGUAAUGCAGGGAUGUAAUGUUAAGACAAAUGAACAUAGAUCUCAUAGUUUGCAAUAAAUA